GUAACAACAGAGACUUAAGGAGCAGGACAUUCAGCAAUGUUGUCAUUCAACUCCGUAUCUAGCAGAGUGCUACAAACAUUGAACUCUACGUUCAACUUCACCGCCACCCGUCAUGCCUGCAAAAUCACCUCCAUCCACGCCAUCACGUCCAUGAAGACACAACCUAAUCAAGUCAACCACUCUGUGGAACUUGGCAACAGAAGAAAGUGUUUGUUGGACAGACCAGGAUUGUUUGGUAUUAAAAGAGGAAUGAUCACCUGGUUCAACGACAAUGGUCGUCAAUUUCCAGCCACUGUCAUCGAAAUCGAUUCCGUGGAAGUUAUAAAACACAAGACUGAACAAGAGUUUGGAUAUACCUCCGUAAUGGUUGGUGCUGUCGACAAAUUGAAGAAUGUCAACAAUUUAAAGCUUUUUGAACAAGCUGGUGUUUCUCCAAAGCACAAGCUCGGUGAGUUCAGAGUUCGUAGUGAGACUGGACUCGUUCCAGUUGGUGCUGAAUUAAAAGCUGACAUGUUUGCCGUGGGUCAAAUGGUGGACAUUAAAGGUAUUACUAAGGGUAAAGGUUUUGCCGGUGUUAUGAAGAGACACGGAUUCAAAGGUUUGGCUGCCACUCACGGUGUUUCUAAAGCUCACAGAAAACAAGGUGCCACCGGUGGUAAUCAAGAUCCAGGUAGAGUCUUGCCAGGAAAGAAGAUGGCUGGUAGAAUGGGUGGUAGAAGCAGUACUGAAAUGAACUUGGAAGUUUUACAUGCUGAUGGAGAUGCUGGUAUCUUGGUUGUUAAGGGUUGUAUUCCUGGUCCUAACAAAGCCUACGUCAAAAUCACCGAUUCCGUGAAACUUUAUGGUAAAUCAAUCGAAAGUAUUGAAAGGGAUUAAUCUUGUACAUAUAUACUAAUAAACUUUUUAAGU